GCAGAGAGGCAAGGCCAGCACAGAAUCUGCCAACUUUCACUGAAGCCAGCUCUCUCUCCCUUUCUCCACCAUGCGGAUCUCUGCCAUGCUUCUGUGCCUGCUGCUCGCAGCCGCUGCUUUCACCGUCCACGUGUGGGCCCAACCAGAUGGGUCCAAUCCAUCCACAUGCUGCUUUGUCAAGAAGCAGAAGAUCCCCAUGAAGUAUCUCAAGAGCUACAGAAAGAUCACCAGUAGUCGGUGUCCCUGGGAAGCUGUUGUCUUCAAGACCAAGAAGGGCAUGGAAGUCUGUGCUGACGCCCAUCAGAAGUGGGUCGAGGAGGCCAUAGCAUACUUAGACAAGAAAAUCCCAACUCCAAAGCCUUGAAGACAUGUGUCUGAACAGAAACCAACAUCAGAGCCAAGAAGCAAAAUUCCUCAUCCUUGUCAUUUCUGAGAACUGUGCUGGAAUGAGUUGAUUACAGUCCUAAGGAUCAGGAGCUGUCUGUAGGAAUGUGAAAUGGUCUAAGGAAUGGUCUUUAAAUUAUUGAUAUUCUUAUUUAAUUUGCCACGUACAUUGGUGUGAUUCGAAUGUAAAGCCCUGGAGAUCUCAUGUCACAUUAAUGUUGUGUUACCUGCAGUCCCCCCCCCUCCUCCCUAUUUACUUUGCUCCUGUAUUGUGAAGGGGCUUUGCAAGAAUCAGGGCAAAGAUUUUAUUUAAAAACUUUUAGGAUAAAAUCAUAAUGUUAUGAUACUGUGGGAUUUUUUAAAUGUAUGACUACUGAAGUUUCAUAUAAAAUAUAUUUUUGCACAAAA